AUGGCGGGUACCCGGCCAAUCCAGCUGGGUGCGGUCAACGGCAGUAGCGCACGAUGCAUUGAAGCGAGGAGAGGAGCCGUGAGGCACUUCAACCCUGUGUACCCCACGGUGCGGGCGGCGGGGGAGGGGGAGCGCGGGCGGGGCUUGGUGCGCGAGUACGCGUUUGAGGACGCGCUGCACGCCACGGAGGGCUUCAAGGCGCUCGCGGGGCGCGGCCCGUUCGGGUUCGUGUACAAGGGCUUCAUGUGGGCGCACGUCGCGCGCGCAGAGGGGGACGGCGCAGAGGGGGAGGGCGCAGAGGGCGCGGGGGCGCGCGCGCUGAUCCCGGUGGCGGUGAAGGUGCUGAACGGCGACCCCGUCACGGGCGUGGGGGGCCUCGCGACCUUCGCGGUGAGGUGGUGCGGAGGGAGGGGGGGAAGAGGCGGUGGGGGAAAGGGGGAGGGAGGGAGGGGCAAGGAGAUGAUGCAAGCAUGGAUGCACUCAGUGCACGAGUGCGCGCUGGUGGAGGAGGAGGGGCGGCAUGCGAGUCUGCUGCGUGUGCACGGGUACGUGGCGCAGCGGCCGCCCAUCAUCAUCUGUGACUUCAUUGAAGGCGGCACCGUGGAGCAGCUCAUGGCACGAGUGGCGCGGGGAGAGGUGCAGUUUCCAUGGCGGGAGCGGGUGCAGAUGGCGUUCACGUGUGCGGACGUGUUGGCACAGCUGCACCGACUCAACCUUGUGCACCGCAACUUCAAAGCCUCCAACGUCCUCCUACAACCCGACGGGACGGCAGUGGUGGCGGACUAUGGGUUGGCGAGGGUGGUGGCGGAUUGGAAGAUGCACGUGCAGAUGAGGGGCGCCUCCUCCAUGUCCUACAUCGACCCCGCCUACUUUGACUCCGGCACGCUGACGCGUCUAUCAGACACGUAUGCGUUCGGCAUCUUCCUCCUGGAGCUCGUGUCGGGGGCAUCAGCGCAGGGCCCGCGCUUCAAGGCAGUGCGCAAGGCCGUGGCCGUGGCACGCGAGGCGGACCCCUCACAGGUGCUGGACCCGGUGCUGGCGGGGCAGUGGCAGCCCGCUGCCAGCGCCAUCGUGCUGGCUACCAUCCGCUCCGCCAUCCUCCCGCCACCAUGCCACUCUCCGCUCUCUCCGUCGCCUGCCCCCUCGUACCUGCCGCGACUGCUUCCCCCACAAGCGCCGCUCCUCCAGCGCGCGUUCAGUCCUGCGCUCUCCUCGCUAGCGACCGCCGCCUGCCCGCAUUUUUCCCGCUGCGCGCAGCAUUGCAUGCGCGCACCGCCCUCGCUGGCGCCCUCUCCCCCCACGACCAUGGAUGCACUUCGGGCCCCCGCGGUCGCCGCCAGCGCGCGCAAUCAUGAUGCGUGCGUGGUGGCGUGUGUGCUCCCCGUGUCACAGGCGCAGCAAGCCACUCAAGCAGCUCUCGCCGACGGCCGCUCGCUACUGGAGGUGGAGUUCCCCACCGCCAGCCUUGACUCCGUGCCAGGCGAUGCGGAGGGGGGGAUAGAGAUGACGAGCAGCAUGCGACUGCUGCGCCAGUACUGCCUCAUGUUCGCCGCUCAAGGCCCCCCGCCCUCCUCCGUGCGCCUUUUCUUCCCAGACGCCAACGAGCUGCCGGCAGCGCAGGAAGUGUUUGAGGACACGGCGUUCCCCCUGGACUGCCUGACCAAGCCCACGGGGCUGGAGGACAUCGGCUUCUCGCGCAAGCUGCCCCUCGCUGACCGCGUGGCCGCCUCCGACCGCCUCUUUGUGGCCGCCUACCCCUACUUCAACGUCAACGAAAUGUUGGCGGUUGAUGAUCUGUACCGUGACGUGGCGAGCAAAAAGGGGCAGCCAAUCAUUGUCUUCAAUGGGGAGCUGAUCGGAUCCGAUCAGGAUCACGCAGCCAUGGCGACCAAACGAGGUGGAACGACGACGGGAGCCAAGUUUCGAGUGACUCUGGGUCUGCCGGUGGCGGCGGUGGUGAACUGCGCGGACAACACUGGCGCCAAGAACCUCUUCAUCAUGUCGGUGUGCGGCAUCAAGGGCCGCCUCAAUCGCCUGCCGGCCGCCGCCGUGGGCGACAUGGUCAUGGCCACGGUCAAGAAGGGCAAGCCCGACCUCCGUAAAAAGGUGCUACCGGCGGUGAUCGUGCGGCAGCGCAAGCCGUGGCGCAGAAAGGACGGCGUCUUCAUGUACUUCGAAGACAAUGCGGGAGUCAUCGUGAACCCGAAAGGAGAAAUGAAAGGGUCGGCCAUCACGGGUCCGCACCCUCUGGCACUAGAGGGCGGUGGAAGUGGAGGGCAGCAAGGCCAGACUGCUGGCGUGGAGUGGAGUGCCGUGCUGGCUUGUUAG